AUGGCAGCGGGAAGGCAGCAGAUGGACUGCGACUCCCGUCAGCCCUCGGCGUUGCUGACGCCCCCAAUGUCGUCGAGCAGCCGGGGGCCGGGGGCCGGAGCGCGCCGACGCCGAACCCGCUGCCGCCGCUGCCGGGCCUGUGUGCGAACUGAGUGCGGGGACUGCCACUUCUGCCGAGACAUGAAGAAAUUCGGGGGGCCCGGGCGAAUGAAGCAGUCGUGCCUGCUGCGGCAGUGCACUGCCCCCGUGCUCCCACACACAGCUGUAUGCCUCUUGUGUGGGGAGGCUGGGAAGGAGGACACAGUGGAGGGAGAGGAAGAGAAAUUUGGUUUGAGCCUCAUGGAGUGUACAAUCUGCAACGAGAUCGUCCACCCUGGCUGCCUGAAGAUGGGGAAGGCUGAGGGUGUCAUCAAUGCAGAGAUCCCCAACUGCUGGGAGUGCCCUCGCUGCACCCAGGAAGGCCGGACCAGCAAGGAUUCAGGUGAGGGACCAGGCCGCCGCAGGGCUGACAACGGCGAGGAGGGUGCCAGCCUGGGGAGUGGAUGGAAGCUGACGGAGGAGCCGCCGCUUCCACCACCUCCACCCAGGCGCAAAGGUCCCUUACCUGCUGGGCCCCCCUCAGAGGAUGUGCCUGGGCCCCCCAAAAGAAAGGAGAGGGAGGCAGGGAAUGAGCCCCCUACCCCAAGGAAAAAGGUGAAAGGAGGCCGAGAGAGGCACCUGAAGAAGGUGGGUGGAGACGCCUGCCUCCUCCGAGGAUCGGACCCAGGCGGCCCCGGCCUUCUGCCCCCCAGGGUUCUGAAUCCGAGCCAGGCUUUCUCGUCCUGCCACCCUGGGCUCCCUCCCGAGAACUGGGAGAAACCAAAGCCGCCUUUGACCUCUGCUGAGGGCCCGGCGGUGCCUUCCCCGUCACCCCAGCGGGAGAAGCUCGAGCGCUUCAAGCGGAUGUGCCAGCUGCUGGAGCGGGUGCCCGACACGUCCUCGUCCUCCUCGGACUCCGACUCGGACUCCGACUCAUCAGGCACAUCGCUGAGUGAGGAUGAGGCUCCUGGCGAGGCCCGGAAUGGGCGACGGCCAGCCCGGGGCAGCUCGGGCGAGAAGGAGAACCGUGGGGGGCGGCGGGCUGUGCGCCCUGGCAGUGGGGGGCCCCUCCUCAGCUGGCCCCUGGGCCCCGCGCCCCCGCCCCGGCCCCCGCAGCUGGAGCGGCACGUGGUGCGGCCCCCGCCUCGAAGCCCCGAGCCCGACACGCUGCCUUUGGCUGCUGGAUCCGACCACCCCCUGCCCCGCGCCGCCUGGCUUCGUGUCUUCCAGCACCUCGGGCCCCGAGAGCUAUGCAUUUGCAUGCGAGUGUGCCGGACUUGGAGCCGCUGGUGCUACGACAAGCGUCUGUGGCCUCGAAUGGACCUGAGCCGGAGGAAGUCACUGACCCCGCCCAUGCUUAGUGGUGUGGUUCGCCGCCAGCCUCGAGCCCUGGACCUCAGCUGGACAGGUGUCUCCAAGAAGCAGCUGAUGUGGCUUCUGAACCGACUGCAAGGCCUGCAGGAGCUGGUGCUCUCUGGCUGCUCCUGGCUCUCUGUCUCUGCCCUGGGCUCAGCCCCACUGCCGGCCCUGCGGCUGCUGGACCUCCGCUGGAUCGAGGAUGUUAAAGACUCCCAGCUCCGCGAGCUGCUGCUGCCUCCGCCAGACACCAAACCAGGGCAAACGGAGAGCCGAGGACGGCUGCAGGGGGUAGCAGAGCUGCGCCUGGCCGGCCUAGAGCUGACGGACGCCUCCUUGCGGCUCCUGCUGCGCCACGCACCCCAGCUGAGCGCCCUGGACCUGAGCCACUGCGCCCACGUUGGGGAUCCCAGUGUCCACCUUCUCACGGCCCCCACCUCCCCGCUCCGAGAGACCCUGGUACACCUCAAUCUCGCCGGUUGUCACCGCCUCACGGACCACUGCCUCCCGCUGUUCCGCCGCUGCCCGCGCCUCCGCCGACUCGACCUGCGCUCCUGCCGCCAGCUCUCCCCAGAAGCUUGUGCCCGGCUGGCAGCCGCCGGGCCCCCUGGCCCCUUCCGCUGUCCAGAAGAGAAGCUGCUUCUCAAGGACAGCUAGUUGGGUGCCCCCCACCCUCCCCCAGGACUCAUCAGGAGCCUGGACCUCAGGCCUUCAUUUCACCCCUGCCAGGAGGCCAGGUCACCCACCUCAUGACUUGGUAUUCCUGAGUUUUACGACUUGGGGUUCCUGCCCAGGGACUCGAGCCAGCCUCCCCCACUCUCUACCCCCUGCACUGAUAUCUCUGGGGGUCUCUUCUUCCCAUCC